AUGGGCUACGUCGCCAAUACACCGGAAGACCGCCUCGGGCGCUCCGACUCCAAGAACCCUAACACGACCUGCAAAGGCCUCACCACCAACGGCAACUUCUGCCGCAACCCCGUCACCCCCGUCCGCGGCAAGCGCCUCUCGCCCACCGUCAAGGAGGAGUCGCUCUACUGCCAUCACCACCGCGACCAAGCCGCCAGCCGCUCCUCCCAGUCGAGCCCCGCGCCCCGGGUCUCCGGCCAGCCCAUCCUCGAAGAGCGCACCAGCAUCGACACCCUCGCAGACCGCCUCGGCCUCGUCGACAUCGGCUCCGACGUGAGCAAGAAGAACAAGCGCCCGCGACCGAACGCAGGAGGAUCGACAGACGGCGAGAAGCCCCAGGGAGGAUACAGCUCACAGUCGAGGCCGCGGAGGGAAAUCACCCUUUGCUGCUGCUUCACCAUCCCCCUAGAGUUCGGCGAAGAUCCCCAGGAAGAAAACAUCCCGCCGCGCCCGCAGCCGCGUCCCGUCCAGAACGGAGGCUCCGCCGCCAUGCCGCCAGCCUCCUCCCGCCCCUCCAACAACCACCUCUCCCCGAACGCGAGCACGAGCAACCCUGGCCGCCCGAGCACGUCCAGCCGCCACUCCCGCAAGAGCUCCUCCAACCAGGCUUCGCCGCAGCCGCUCUCGCAGCACCAGACGGCGCAGUACCUCGCCCUCAUCCCCGGCACCACCGAGCCGUCCGUCGCGUCGGCGCUCAUGGCCGAGCUCGCGCGGCCCUACGGCAGCUCCGAGGAGCCGGGCUACAUCUACAUGUUCUGGAUCAUGGCGACGUCCAAAAAGGCCAGCGCGCCCGUCAACGAGGCGCGCGGGCUGCUCUCGCCGCCGUCAGCGGACCGCGGGGGCGGCAGACAGCGGCGCACGAGCGACGUCGCGUCGGCGGUGGCGCACGCGAGCAAGGGCGCGCCGGACAACAAGAUGCUCAUCAAGAUCGGGCGGGCGGCCAACGUGCAGCGGCGGAUGCAGCAGUGGUCGCGGCAGUGCUCGUACGACAUCGAGGUGCUGCGGUACUACCCCUACAUCCCGGGCGCGAGCCAGGCGUCGGGCGAGCAGCCUCGGAUGGUGCCGCAUGUGCAUCGCGUCGAGCGGCUGAUUCACCUCGAGCUGCAGGGCAUGGGGCUGCACGCGGGGCCGAUUAAUUGCGACGGGUGCACGUCGGUGCACCGGGAGUGGUUCCAGAUUGAUGCGUCGAAGAAGGGGAUCCAGGCGGUGGAUGAGGUUAUUCGCAGGUGGUGUGAUUUCGACGAGACGCAGGUGCCUUGA